AUGAUUCCCUCGAUACGCUCGUUAACGCUCCUUCCGCUCGCUCUGCUCACUUUUGUUUCAGCUCAGUACCCCGAUGAGCUCGUUGGCACCUGGGUUUCCAAAGCCCGCGCCGUUGUCACGGGGCCCGACUUCUAUGAUCCUGUAGCCGACAAGCUCAAAGAACCGCAGCAUGCUGGCAUCGCAUACUCUUUCACCAGCGAUGGAUACUACGAGCAAGCCUUCUACCGCUCGGUACCCAAUCCUACUACCCCGAAAUGCCCGUCCGCCAUCAUGCAAUGGCAGCACGGCACCUACUCUCUCCCUGGGAAUGGAUCCAUCGUUCUCGAACCCUUCUCCGUUGACGGACGUCAGCUCCUGUCUUCCCCCUGCACGUUCGACAAUGCUGUCUAUACGCGAUAUGACCAGCCGGAACUGAUAAAGGCGUAUCAAGCACAUACCGACGAGUUCCAUAACGUACCUCGCCUCGAUAUUUUCAAAUACAACGGCGCAAGAGAGCAGCCACUCUAUCUUGCAUACAAACCGCCGCAGAUGCUGCCGACACAGACACUCAAUCCUACUGCGAGCACGAGUGAGCCGACAAGCAAGGUUAAGAGGGAUAUGGACAGGGGGGAACACGAGCAGUGGCGGCAACAGAUGAUCAAGGGUGGUUCAUUCGAACAUAAUGACGAUCUGCUGGUGCCGAAGCCAAUGCGCUGGGAUCCCGACCGGUGGUGGUGGGCGGGUUUUGGGCUCAUCGCUGUUGGCACAGUGAUGUACAUGCUACCUACAAAGCUUUGA